AUGAAUCUUAUUCUUCCCCUUUUCCUAUUUUUCGGUGUUUUUUGUGCAUUGUGUGAAUUCUCGGAUGCAUUAGUUAACACGAGAACAAAUAGAUAUGACCCACGUCGUAGUAGACUGCAGGCGAUGAGGAAACCUCUUGCACGUUCGUCAUUGCGGGCUAGACGUCCAUUUACCGGAAGUCGAAGAGGAUCCCAGUUGCGACUGUUGUCGAGGAGGCGAGGAGGAAUGAAUACCGCAACUUCCAUCAAGAAUACGAAAAACGAGGCGACAAAACACAUCAAACAAACGAUCAUCAUCGCCAAAACUGCAAACAUCAUGUCACCAAUAGGAACACAGAACAACGAUAAAACUGCAAUUUCUAAUCGUGGAAGUGGCGGUGUUCAAAAUUCGUCCCCACCGAGAAAUGUCGAGAUCUCGUCUACCAGACAGCGUGCACUGGUCGCAAGAAAACGCAGACCAUAUAGGAGGAAUCAUAGUCAGAUUUCCUCUGCUGUACCCAGGAAUGGCCGCAGAAGUAAUUUUAAUGCGGGAUUGGGUAACUCCGCCCGAGGAUUGUCGAGUCCUGGUCGCAGAGUGUCCAACAAUAUCGGAAUAGGAAACGGACAUUCGGGCAGCAGUAGAAUAUCAGGAAAUAAUGGUAGACAUUUUGGUACCAUUGAUAGACAUGGAGGCUCCUUUGGAGGACACGAAAACUUGAUAGGAGGAGGACAUGGUGAUCAGUUAGGACAAGGAACUCCAUUGGCAGGAAAUGAGGGCUCAUCUACAGGCUCAUUAGGGCAUGGAGGGUCACUAGGCGGAAUUGGGGAUUCAUUUAGUCAUGGAGGUUCACUGAGCGGAAAUAGGGAUUCAUUAAGUCGUGGAGGAUCAAGAGGACAUGAUGGUUCGAUGGGCGGGAACGGAGUGGCGAUGAUUGCACAUGGGAUUUCCGUCGGCGGACAUGGAGUUUCUGGCAGCACCAACGGGGGAUCCUUGGGAAGCCAUAGCGGUAAUACUGGUGGUCAUGGAGAAGGAUUUACAUCUGGUGUAGCGAUUCACAGAGGAGAACAUAUUCCUAAUAAUCCUUCUCGAAAUAAUUUCAGACCAGUUCAGAAUAAUUUUGGUCAGUCUGGUUCUAAUUCAAACUUUAAUAUUGCUGAUAUGCUUCUAUCUGGACUAGGGGUGGCAUCAAGUUCUCCUAACCUUUUAGCACUAAUGUCAUCCGGGACACUUAAUGUUGGCGGAGAAGGAAUUAACCGUGGUGUUGCACCUGAAGGAGCAGGACUGCCAGAUUUAACCGGCUUAUUCCGAGGCAAGGAUGGUGCUAUGCUACUGAACAAUCUCGUACAGAAUAUAAUGGGAAGUAGUGGUAGCAGUGCUGGUGGAAUGGGUGUCACAGCGCCAUCUGUCGUGACCGGGCCCACACUGAGCAGUAAACAUGACAGUGGUAUCAGUGGUUCAGCACACGAAGGGAAAACGGUUACAGGUGGCAGCCAUACACCAAUCAUCAUAGAGGCAGGGAGUAAUGUACAGGUCGGGUUCCGUCAUACCAAUGGCGCUCCAAAUAUAGUUAUCAAGUCGGCACCUACAACUACACCGCCCUCCACUUUUCUCGCUUCAGGAACAGCAAUGGCGUUACCAUCACUUGGAAUGGAGCCAGGAGAGGAACUACCUUGA